AUGGUAACAUUUACAGUUUACGGUAGUUUGGCAUCCACUCAACUGUGGUUUCUAUUGUGCUCAGUGCUAAAAGAAUUUCGUCUUUAAAACUUUGUUAAAAAAUACCUUUUUUUGGUGAAAAACUCCAUUCAAUAUUAAAAUAAAAGUGCUAAUAAGUUAUUUCGCAAGUUUAAAAGAAUUCAUGAUGCGAAAGACAAUCAUAAUCAGAUGGUAUAUUUUAUAGAUUAAAUAAUAAGGAUAUGUGGUGAAAUUAAUCACAAUGGAACAAUACAAUUUAUUCGACAUGAUGACUGCCAGAUGGACUAAUAUUGAUUCACAAGACAAUCAACGAAUAAUCUUAGAGCCUAUUUUGGAAGAAACUUCCGAUGAUGAUGAAGAGACAAAGGAAUUAUGGUCAAUAUCGCAAUAUGAGACAAGUUGGAGUUCAUCAUCGGAUACGGGAUCAGUUAUUAAAUUAGAUGCAUUUAAUCCGGAUGCUGAUUGCAUUUCCGAACGUGACUUUCUAUGUCCACCUAAACGUCGACGACAUGAGUGGAAUGAUGCUCUCUCAGCGAAAAAGUGUGGAAAUAGUGCUGGACAAAAGGUGCAACUGGAUGCUCUUCUCGAUGAGCCAGAUUUUCAUAAAAGACGAUAUCGACUAGAAGAAAAUACCCAUGAUUACAAUUCAGAUUCCGAGAGUUCCCUAAGUAGAACAUCAUCUCUCAUUCAAUUUGAAUCCUUGGAGAAGCAACUUCAAAGCGAGAGCCAGCUGUAUAGUUCCUCACCGCUUCUAUUUACGUACGAUUCCAUAGAUAAUAAAUAUAGCAACUCCCUAUCAGCACCACCUUAUAUGGGAGCAACGUCAUUGGACACGGAUAAGGUGAAUCGCAAUAUUGUGCUAACAGAUAACUUCUUUUACAAUAGUGAUAAGACAUUCAAGACAACGACAGGGAAUUUUUCUUACUACAACCACUACGUAUCGACGGGUAACGAUUCGGAUUCACUAAUUGAGACCAGUGGCACAAGUAAUGAGAGUGAUGACAGUAUUAAAAAGUGCUCUUGCACAAUAAGGGGUGUUGUCGACGAGACGGUACUCGGUACAAAGGGGAAAAGUUCUCUUGAGAAUUUAAGUGAAGAUAGUGGAUACUGUGAGCACUCGAUCCAAUUGCGCCAUAAAAAUCAUCAGAGUCCAACAAAAUAUGAGACCGACAUAAUUACACCGAUUUUAUCAUGUGCAAAACAAUUCUGUCGUCGUCCCGUAUCAGAUCCUACGAAUGGACCACGGUACUCAACCUAUUUACGCCAGCAGCAUUGUUCGUCGCCGCAGAUGAAUGACGAUCGCAAAAAAGCAACAUAUUUAUGUGGUGUGUGUGAACUAUGUGGUGCUGGAAAGGAGAAUGGAGAUCGAGGGGUGUGCAAGUGCAGCAAAUUGAUGUGCAGAGAUGAAAAUGAGAUUUCUCUCGCAACUUCUGGUGGUAUGUACAUAAACAGAGAUCUAAAAAUAAGCACGAUGGAGCAAACGAAAAUGUCGGAAGCGUCCGAUGCUAAAAAUACAGGGAAAAGGAAUAGAAAUCUCCUAAAGACAUCAUCACAUAGUCUACCGAAUAUUUUUUAUCAUUCACACAGUGAUGGUGAAGAUAGAGGGAUAUACUGUGAAAAUAGUGAAUUUGCGACUGAAAAUAAUUUGGAUUCAUCCGGUUCUCGUUACGUGAUCGCAACAUCCGGUAAAGCAGCAUCCGAUCGGGAUCCCUAUGGUGACUUCCUCAAAGUAACUAGCUUCCCAGAGGGUCUCAAUAUUUACGAGAGUGCAAAUUCCUUUGAUGAUUUUGACUUCUGCAGUGGUGACCAAGCAAAUGGUGAUUCAAUUGCACACCACAAUUUGGAUUUGAAUAAUUUUCGCUUCCCACACCGAUCGAAAGCUCCGCAAAUUGCACAGCCGAAGCCAGCAAACGUUACUGCAAGUUGCAACAAUUUAACUGCAUUGGACUACUCGGAGGACUACUACGGUGGACUUAGAAUUAAUAAAAUGAGUUCCCAUAGACGAAAUAUUGCCACACAGCCACGGGUUUACAUUGAGAACCCAGAGAUUACCCUAAUGGAUGAAAUAUCGUACAAUUUUGAUCGCAAUUUAUCAAUUAUGAAUGAUAAACGGGAUGACUAUGAACCAAGUUUGGAUGAACCAACUGUGGGUGUUUUGUGUAUAAAACCCCCUCAGCCACCGCCACGUGCUGGGAAAAAGCUUACCAUCCCAUCUGCAAGUUCUCCCACAAAGACAAAGAGUACAUCAAAAGAUAGUCUUACAUUUGAUCGCGAUCCCACGAAUUUGGUGACAUGCUAUGCUGCAAGCCUCGAGCGGUGCAACUUUGAAUUAGCAGACAGUCUUAGUGCGUUACCACAAGUUUCUGACAGUGAAAAUGAAUUACCAUCCUACAGAUACAAUUUUACUGUGCAACAGCACAGAGGUUUAGUUUUGAGUACGCCGAAUUUGUCGUCGUAUGAGCAUUGUGGUGGUGAAAAGAGGUCGAGUGUCGUGGAAGACGAAGUGAGUGGUAAAAAGGAGGAUCGGGAGAAAGUGUUUGUUCCUGGAAUUCUCAACACAACCACAUCCAAAGGUUCCCUCUUCAAAGAAGUCAGCUUUCAUCCGAUUGUGUCUGAAAUAAGUUGGAAGCACCAACACUCACAUGAGUCUGAGUCACCCGAUGAGGAGGAAGACGAUCUUGAUGAUUUUGAACAUAGCAAUGAUACAGAAGAAGAUUCCGAUGAUGAAGAUGAAAAGCAUGAUCCUCCUAAAAUAUGUAAAGCACCACCACCACCACCAGCAGCAGCACCAGUUAAAAGUCAGUGUGGAGAGACGAUUAAUUAUUCCUCAAGUGCUAGAGAAAAUAAUCAACAGGGUCAUGUGAUCGCCAUUGAUCGUGUGAAUGUGUUGUCUGACAGAGACAGUAAAAUUAUGGAUAACGUGCCUAAAGCAGACGAGCCAAUUUCUGAAAGCACUGUGGACAGCACUAUGGGUAUUGUCAGUCGCAAUAUGGUCGUGAACGACGAUACAACAGACGGUACAUUUGUUGGUAAACGGCAUACAGCGUUGAAUGCCAUGGAAGUGAAUAAUAAAAAAGUGGGCAAGAAUAUUGGUGGAGAAAAUAGUACAGUUGUGCUGGCAAAAAAUGCAAAUGCUGGCAAAAGUGAGAAGAAACGCAAGAGUGGAUUCUUUUCGAGAUUAUCAAAUUUUCGCUUCUCCCUGCGGAAUAAAUCGAAGAGUUCAUCAUCUAAGAAUAAUAACAAUAAAACCGCUGAAUCAGCUGCAGAUAGUAGCGGAAGGAAAAACAAAAAAUCCGAAUCAGCCACCGUGGAUGCGGCGGAUACAAGUAGAGAUUUCAUCUAUAUUCCACUGAAAGAGCCGCCGCGUGCACAGAGGGAUGAUAUCAGGGGCAAUAAUGAAAAUUGCCUCAGCGACGAGAACAAGGUGAAUGACUAUCAACACUCACCGAGGCUCAAUCAGAGAAGCUCAUUGUGUGGUAGUAUUGGAAACGGAAGUGGUGGUGUCACUGAUUAUUAUCAUAGCGUCGGAAAUAAUAAAGUGCAUUCAAAGCCACCACUGCCCAAGCAACCCCCACGUGUUGUUGGCGUAUGUGCAAAACGCUAUGGGGAAAGUACGCAUGCACCCAGAGCAUCAUCCACCCCACGAGAAAUCGAUGGUAAUCAUCGUUACAUGGGCACGGUGGUCCCUACAGAACAGUAUCGCCGUCAUCAGCGUCCCGGCACGACCAUGAUCAGUGAAAAUAAAAUUGGUCUAAUUGAGACAAAUCUCGAUACACAUGAGACCAUUAUCACAGGGAAGACACAAAGUCUUAUGGAAUUGGGCUCUCGGUUGACUCACCCAAAUGUGCUGACUAGUGAGAUACACAGCACAAUGUCUUCUGAUGAACCCAAAAGGCCACACAAAAGUAUGGAAUUUCUGUUGGACAAGGAAAAUCAGCGGUAUACUUUGCCACCGGAAAAUGAGCUUCAGAAGACACACGAUACACCAUUGAGUGAACAUCAGUUGAGGGUACAAGCUUCAUUGCAGCGACUAAAUAUUCCUGACUGGUAUAAGCAGUACAAUUCGGCGUCGAAAACCACUGAAAGGACAUCGGGCACAAACUAUCGGAAGCGAAAUACGGAAUUUGGUAAAUGGGUGGGACUAAAUUCCAAAACAACAUCCCUAAGUUCCCUUGGAUCGCAAAAGGCGGAAAAAGGAUUGGUGCUUCUGAGUCCAUCAUCGCACAGUCAUCACGGCAAUACUGGAUUUUCAAGAUGGUCAACCUCACACCUCAAUUCAACACAAACAUCUCCCAGCAUAUCCGGACGGAGUUCAUUUUCACGCGGCACAAUCAACAGCAGCUAUAUGUCUGGUCACUCUUUUAUAAAUCCAAAUGUUGGAACGAAUAUAAGAAGUUCGUACAGACAACCAUACCUUGGAUGGCGGAGUCAAGAGAAAUUGUCACAACCACGAACUCCUGCUGAACGACUCGCAUCAUCGUUACUGAGUCAACAACAGCAAGACAAAAGUCGUCACGAAAAGUCUGAAACAGAAAACGCAGAAAUUCAGACGUCUAUAAAAGAAGUAACUUCAGCCAUAGUUCAUUAUGUAAAUGAUCAAAAUAAUCGGAAUUCGAGAAGCCGAUCAACUAGUCCUAGCUUUCGGAAGUGCUGGCUUGAGAGUUCUUUUGUGGGUAUUGGACCAGUUGAUCAGAGUCCUCAAACACCAACUAUCGAUAGAAGCUUUUCAACGCAGCAACAUCAGAUCAGUAGACUAGCCACUAAUUCCUCUCAUAUCAAUGGAGUUGGACCUCAAAUACCAAUGCUGGCACUCCCAAUGGAACGACCAUCUCCUGGUUCAGCAACUUUAGAGGAUGUGCUGGCGUCGCUUCUGGGAUUACCGACUGAACAUAACGACAAGUCUUCAGGGGUUACAGGUAAUAAUGGUAAAAAGGAUACAAAUGCGUUGACAGUGGAAUCCGUCCCACUACGCCGCCACAGCGAAGGUGAUGCUGCACAGAAACGAAGCGCCACAGACAAGAGUCAACAGUCACGUCGCGUGAGUCUGGAUUCGUCAGAUGCUAGCGGUGGCACAGGCAAAGGCACAGAAAUGAUGAAAUGUCGAUACCACAAGUGCGAGGCAACGGCCACCGUGGCGGAUGCAAAAAAAUACUACAAGAGCUGCCACAAUUGCUCACAUCUGUACUGCUCCCGGGAGUGCAGACGGGCACAUUGGGAACGCCACAGGAAAGCAUGCCUCCACUUGCGGGUGUCGACACUGUGCCGCCAGGUGCUGUCUGCGUGCAAAGAUGAACCGGACACGCUACGGAAUCUAAGUCUUCUGGCGAAGCGCGGCUACCUGUCGCAGGGGCGUGGUGUGGUGCGGAUUCUUUUCCGCAGUCCUGAGAAUGCUGAGAUGUUCAUAAAGCAGGGCUUUCAGAGCCUUGGUGAAACAUCGUAUGUUCGCUGGCCGGAUCUCAUGCCAGCGGAAAUGGGACCAGAACUGUACUCUGAGCUGUUGCGCCUCAGUACGGAGUACAAACCAGAGACUAAGAUGCUCAUCUACGUGGCGAUUUGUGUGGUGUCCGAAGCCCCAGGGCCAAGUAGUACGGUUGCACCUGUUAAGUGGGAGCGACAGCUUGUCUCUCGCUGUGCCAAACUCAAGAUAUGCAAGACUGUUCUCAGUGAUUUAGCUAAUUUAAAACCACUAACACACCGACCGGAAGAGGAUAUGGAAAUCCUCAUUCUCACCUUUAAUGGUGUACGCAAGGUAUCAGGGCAUGGUAGGGAUGCGAUUCUGCACAACGUACAAGGCCUUCUCAAGCAGAGGGGUGUUAAUUUGCGCAAAAAUUAUCCAGAUGUCUUCCAGAGACUUAAUUCAUUUAUUGAAGGCUCUGUAGAACGCUUCCUACCCGUUACCCUCCAUCCAAAAGACUCAAACACCGGACGAACAUUCGUUUGUAUCAUUGUGCCACACAGUGGUGAUCCAGACCAACUUAAAAUGCCAAAUUCCGAUGUAGGUAAUCAUGUUCAAUUGGUUAACGUGAGCCUCGAGCAUUUGGAUCAACUGUCGCCACUGACCAAAUAAAUCAUUUUUCUCUGAAGCUCUCUUAAAAAAAUCAAUUUAUUAUUCUAUCGCUUUGUAUCACACAUACUAGAAUUAAUUUCAACUUCAUCAUAUCUAUAUACUUACUUACUCAAGAAUAUAAAGGGAUGCAUAAUGCUUAUAAUUAAAUCUAAAGGGAACUAGGAGCUACUUGUUAAGCCUAAAAAAAAACUUUAAUUAAAAUUUAUCAAUUCUUGUUUAAUUUUUUUUUAAUUUUAUUUGUAUUAACUAAUGAAAAGAAUCUUUUAAAUACUGUGCUGUACUUAUGUGCAUUUAUUGUGUUCUAAAUAAUAUAGAAUAUUUUAUUCUUUUUCUUAGAUAAUGGGGCAGGAAGUUAAAAAAGUUUUUUUUUCAUUGAGUUAACAAUAUUUCGCAUCAAACAUUCAGGAAGUUAAUUUUAAAUUCAACAAGUAGCCACCGGUUAUCCAGCAUAAAGAAUAAAAUAGAAAUACGGAAACAUGAUAAGAUUCUAAAAUUAAAAUUUCCCUGUAGAAGCUCCGAUGAUUAUACAUCAAAUCUUGAAGUAUAUUCUCUUGAAAAUUUCUCAAAAGCUUCGUUUAAAAAACAAAUGGCUCAACUAAAUUGAUUUCUAUCGCGUGUUUAAUUUGCAAAAACUUUAAAUUGCCAAACUAUAUUGGUCUGAUCGAAAGCCUAAAAGAAGAUUUUAUAAUUAAUUAAUGAAUGGCCAAUGAGAAAUAUUUUACAUAUGAAAAAAAAUCUUGAAGUACCUACUAUAGUUUUGAGUAGUUAAUUGAAAAAUAAACGGCGACCUUAUCAUCUCUAGGUUGUGAGAGGGUAGGCAAUAUUGAUAUCACAUUAUAAUGUUCGACUGAGGGCUGAAAAUAAGGCGUAAAACUUAAAAACUUAGAAUAAAAAUUAAUGGCAACGUUAUGUUAUACAUAUUUAAAAUUUAAAAAGCAAAAUCAUCCAAAAAUUAAUAAUUCAAAAUUUUAAUUUGUUUCUUUUUUUCCAAAAUAAAAGAGUUUUGUUUGCGUGUCCCUGAGAACAAUCUUGCAUAGAGGAUUUAUAUAGUACAUGGUAUAGGUAUAUUAAUAAAUCAAUAAAAGUUAUCAGAAACUAAUUAAACAAAUACACAUAAAGUUGCAUUUAUGGGCCUAUUCAUGAUACAUUAUCUAGUCUGCUAAGUGAUAAAAUAUAGGUAGGUUUAAAUUCCCCAUUUUGAAAAGACAUAACAAAGAAUUAAUCCUAGCAGAUUAGUUUAUAUUGCUAUCUGGAAUAGAAGCCUAACAUAGCCUAUGAACUUUGCGUGUACAUAUAACAUACAGAAUACAAAACAUAAUAGUGAUAAGUUUGGUUGAUAAGUGAUUGCAAUGUGUUCAUUCCCUAAAACAUAGCAGAAUUUCACAAUAAGAAAAGUUUUCGGAUAAGACUCAUGAAAAUUCCAUCGAUAUUCAGCAUUAAUGAAUUUUAUUUUAACAAUUAAUUGACAUAUUUUUCGGAACUGAGUUUGGCCAGCAAAUUGAUGUAAAAAUUAUAUAUAAUUUAAAGACUGUUUAGACAACUUGAAUCGCUUUAUUUUUCAUGUAACGUGUCGAAAAGGAAAUUCCUCUUUCAUCAGUCAUGGACCAUUUUGGGAAAAAACAAUCAAUCAGUGUCUAGAAGUCUAUGUUAAUGAACAAACAUUUACUUGUUAAUCGGAUUAUCUAAAUUAAGAAGAUAUGUCUCCAAACAUUGCCAUACACGUUCCAUUUAUAAAAUUUUCAACUUGCUACAAAUUCCAUGCAUCUCAUUGAAAGUUGUUUCCAUUAACUUCCAAACAAAAUUCAAGAAAAUAUUAAAUAGAAUAAGUCGAAAUUACGCUAAAAAAAUCAAAAGAACACUAUAGAAUUUUAGUGAUAAAAUGCUCAUUUGGCCGAGAGAAAAAAAAAUGAUUAAUAAUCGCGAAUGAUCGUCCAAGAAGUCAUCAUACGAAUUUCAAUAGUUUCAUUCUAAUAUAAUUUCUUGGACGAAGCAUUUAUAGAAUAUUUCUUCAAACUUACAUUAAAAAUAUAACAAGAUAAAAAUAUAUUUUAGAAACUAUUUAAAGAAAAAUGAAUAUUGUAAAGGUAUGUAAACAGAAUGUUCUUGGAAAAGUUAAAAAUAAUGUAUAUAAACCUCUUUUAUUUUUCAAGCUGAAAUUGUUAAAUAUUUACAAAGUAUGUAGUACAUGUAUAUGUAUAUAGUUAACAUAUUUUAACCCUUUGACGACUAUGCAAAAAUCUAUUAAAUCAAUGUUAGAAAAAGUAGAUAAAACAAUCAAAAGGAAAAUUAUAGUAAAAUAAAAAAUUAUUUUUAUUGAAUUUAAAAAUCUCUAAAAGCUUUAUUUUCAAAAAAAUCAAUGAAUUUGGUUUAAAGUGAGCUUAGAUUUGAAUUGAAAGCUUUAGCAAAAAAAGUGUGUUAAUCGUAGUUAAAUAAGAUGUUAAUCAAUUUGAAUUUUAAAAGAAUUCUUUUGGGAAAAAUUAGGUCUCUUCACUGAAUAAUAAUUCAAAAAUCGCCAACUUCAAAAAGAUUGAACUUUGAAUAAAAUUUAGUCUUUUUUUAAGUUUCACAAUUUAAAUAUUUUUAUCAACACUAUAAACAACAAAAUAAUAGAAAAUUAUUUUACAAGGAGUAGAUAAAUGUAAAUCUUUAAUGCCUAUCAAUAAAUUUGUUUAAUUUGUCGUCAAAGGAUUAAAAAAGGAUUACUAUAAAAUAGUCAUCCCAUAUGUUUUUUCUAACUUCAAAAUUGUAGGUAACUAAAAAUUUAUAAUUAAAAAAAUAAUACGUGCUUGGUUGAAAACUUUGGCAUUUUUUGCAUUUAGUCGCAAUGACUUAAAAAUUUUGUUAAAAAUAAUGCAAUUAUUUGAUAAAAAAAAUAUUAAACGUGCAGUAUGAUAUAUUGAUAUGGUUUUCCCUAUUGUGGAUGUAUUUAUUUACAUAAAUAAUAUAUAUUUAAUAAAAUGAAGACGUUUAAAAAGCAUAAAAA